AUGGCGAUAGUGAAAGAGAUUGUCGAAGGCGAACAAACGCAGUUGGAAAAAGUGGAAACCUUGAAAAAAGAGGGAAAUGCGCUUUUCGGGAAGGGAGAAUUUGAAAAGGCGAACGAAAAGUAUACGGUAGGCACAUAAUUGAAACUCUAGUACUGAAAUCCGGUCCGCGACAAGCGACACGCGAAAAAAACAUAGGCGCAAACUUUUUGAAAGCCUGUCGUGGCCUGUCGUGGCCUGUUCAAACCAGUAUAUCUCGGGCUGAAACUCGGACCCAAAAUACUUCAAUCCUAGUCGAAGAAGUCUGCAAAGUUUGGGUCCGAUCAGAAUAUUGCAAGUGGUUCAAAAGUCCAGGGCCGAAACUUGCCCAGCCUUGAAAAUAACUAAAAAAUAAGUUUUGCAGGAAGCAAUCAGCGAGUGCCCGCCCACGUCUUCUGAAAUCCAAUCGAUUCUUUUCUCCAACUCGGCCGCCGCGCUCAUCAAACAAAACAAAUGGACGGAAGCGGUCGAAGCGGCCACUAAAGCCAUCGAGGUAUCCUUUUUUAGUGUUUCAAACAUUUUCUUUAAUUAUAUCAAGCCCAAAAGCACAGAUUAUAUAGUAGCUAUUAUAGGGGCACCGGACAGAAAGGGCGCGCUGUUCGCAAUCUGGCCGAAUUUCUAGGCCACGAAGUAAUUUUCCACUGAAAAUGUGGCCUAACUUUUCAAACUCGGCCCCGAGGUCGCUCAAUUUGCACUGCAAAAAGAGUUUCUCAUUAGAGCGCCAUUUCUGUGCGGUGCCCCUAUAAUAUUCUCGAAAUCUGUCCACCGUUUUGUCAAAAAAGUUUUUUUUUUUUAAUUCUGUUUCAAAAUCGUUUGAAAAGGUAACGAUGCUGAGCGGUGAAUCAAUUAAUGGUUCUAGUUUUUGCUAAUAAUUUUUGCCUCAUGUGCUUUUUUGUUGAAUAUUUAAAUGUUUUUUUGCAGAUGGGCGCCACGAACGAAAAGGCGCUGGAAAGACGUGCGUUCGCGCACUCGAACAUCCGAGAAAAGUACGAGGACGCCAUUGAGGACUACAGGAAACUUGAGGUUCGAAAUGUUUCUGCUUCAAAACGCUUUCAAACAACUUUUCCACUGUUCGUCAAUAGAGCCACCUGGGCUCUCUUUUUGAAUGUUGCCAACACGUGCACGUUACCGCCAAAUUGGCUGCGUAGCGACUCAAAAAGCGUUGCGAUGAUACGGAGAAGAACUAAUUCAAUUCCAGGAAUCGAUUCCAUCACGCAAAGUCGAAUUCGAGCGGAAAAUUGGCGAAUUGAACGCGAAAAUCAUGCAGAGAAACGAGGAAAUGAAGGCCGAUAUGAUCGAGAAGCUCAAGGUAUCAUUUUGGGAAAAGUUCAUAGAAUUCUAGAAAAAGUUGAAAUAAAUGCAGAGUCUUGGAAACAUGUGCCUUUCGCCGUUCGGUCUCUCCACCGACAGUUUCGAGAUGGUGCCGAAUGGAAGCGGCGGAUUUUCAGUUCAAAUGAAGGGCAAUAAUCAGAAAAAAGAAGAAGAAGACGCGUGA